UGGGCCGUGAUUGGAAAGAAUCUUUCUUCUGGGUCUGGGUCUGGGUCUGAGUGGCGGCUGAAAUCGAUUUGGCCAAGUCAGUUGCCGUUUAGUAGUCGUCGCGUGCAGAUCACAAGAUACUAGAUAUUGUAUCCAGCAGAUACUGGAUCUCGGCUAGUGUUGAAAUCGAAUUUGCGGGAGCACCAAAGCGAGAAGCGGCUAUCCAGCGGUAGCCCUAUAAUCACGGCCACCAGUGUAUUUCGAUGGCCAAGAAAUGUGAAAAGAAGCGAAGAGGCGAAAAGUAACAAAUUAAGUAGCAACAGCAACCACAAGUGCGUGCGAAUAUUGAAUUGACACAGAAGUUCCGUUAAAGCAAAAAAACGAACAAAAACACAAAUAAAAAGCAACAAAUACAAGUAACAAUAGACUGUUAUUGUUGUGCUGCUGAAAGCGAGAAUGAAUCAAUAAAACGAAAAAAAAACUUCAAAAUCUAACUGUUAAAUUCGACAACAAUAAAACUUACAACAAAAGUGGCACAACCUCUGCCAAAAGCUAAAAAAUCAAAAAGAUAUUUUUACCAUUCAUUUAAAUAUGGUUAGUCAUCAGCAGCAGUGCCUACUGUGGCUGGUCUUCCAGCUCGUGGCCACUCAAGGCCAACAACUGCAAGGACCUCCGCGUCCCAGGGGGCGUAUACGCAUUGCGGACAUGCAACUUCCGGUUCCCGGAAGUGCCUCAAAUUGGCCCAGUCUGCCGCAGUCUGGCAGCCCUAUCAGUUCCACCGUUCACACACACAUUCCCUUGUUUCGAGAGGAGAGCUCCCAGAAACCUUCCACGCCCAGUCAGGAGGCGGUGGUCUACGGCAACUGGAAGCCGGAUCAUCCGGCGAAGCCCGACAGCAUGGAAACGGAAACCGACACGGACUCGGCUCAACAACCCAGGGAACGAGUUUACGGAAGAUUGGAGGCCAUGUUAAUGGGAAUGCCAGCAGAUGAAAUUGAUGCCAAACCAUCGAGCUCGAGCGAGGAACAGCUUGCACCAAUUGCCCCUGGAAGCUAUCGGAAUCCAGUACACUCCCACCCAUCCAGCUAUGAGAGAUCACCGGAAAAACAUGGACGGAAAAGGAUUACCUCCCAACAGCCACCGCACCAAUUCGAGGUGACAAGAGCUAACAGCACGGAUCCACUGCUCAAAGCUAUGGCCAAGCAAUUUAACGAAGCCAUGGAAACCACGACAACGAUCGUUAGGAAUAAUCCGCUGCCCACCGCCGACGACAGCUGGAUGCCAUUGCCGUACCCGUAUCCGUAUGACACCACAGUACCAGCACCACCGGCCACCAGCUCUAUGAUACCCGGAUUUAUGCAAUCCUCGGUGGUUCACCUUCCGGCACCCACUCAAGCUACACGAUCCACGUCGGAGCUUCUCAACUGGCCCACUGAUUUCAUAGAUAGCACCUCCAACACCGCCAGUCCGGAACAAGUCGAAGGAAACCAUAAGUCGAACAUUGACCGCCGAGACGAGAGCAUCGCUGAUCCCGUGGAUGAGUACAAGUACUAUGAGGACUCCCUAAACUCCGCCCAGAUGCACAGCGAGCUGAGUGUACCAGAGACGCUGCCUCUAAAUAUCACCCGGGUGGGGAUCCCGUACGAGGAUCGCAAUGCAUCCGAGGAGCCAUCUAUUUGUGUUCCGCUCACUGUCUCCGAGACAUCACACUCCUCGGACAGUGCCCUGCCGCUGGUGGUCGAGGUGGAGCGAGUCUACUGCUUCCCUCUGCCUAAGGUGGAGGUACGACCGGGCCACGUCCGGCCGCAGGUGGAACAGGUGACACGUCCGGAUCAGGAGGACAACUCUGGCAUGGAGUUCCAGCCAACGGAGGCCCCACUGCCAAGUGAUGCAACUGCGGGAGCUACCCGAAGAUCGCUUGGGCUCUGGCUCAUCCUAUUCGUAAGCUGGAGCUGGUGGCCGCAGAUCAGAAUCUACAACUAGGAUUAUUACAAGAUGAUUUAAACACAACUCAGG